GGCCGUCGCGGAGGCCAUUUUGAUGGAAGUUUGAGGUUAGAGAAAUAAGCGGGCUGUUCAUUGUUGAUGUUUUGGAUGUUUAUAAAGGUCAGUGCGCUGGUUUAUUAAAGUAGAGCUGUAGGUAGGUGAUUAUUUAUUAAUACUUGGGCGUGCUUUAGUCUGUGGAUUCGCUGGUUGAUGCUGAAAUCUUCCUGUCAUUCAUUUAAACGCUAGUGAGUAGGGAACUGAUGGACGGUGGUCGCAGGAGCGAUUUAUUGUGUAUUAUAACCCUGCAUUCCCCCGAUAUCAGCACUUACAGCUCUAAUAUCUGAUAGGUAAACACUUACAGAAAUUAUUCAUUAGUGCAGGGAGCGUGUUUUAGCUAGAAUAGAUCUAGCUAGCUGCAGAAUCUGCAGAAAAGCUAACCUAACCCUAGCUAGCUGAAUAAUUCAGUAGCUAGGUUAGCUAGCGGUAAGUGUGUGGUGGGUAACGCGCAGCUGCUGCUAGCACACACACACAGAGCUUACCAUGACCGAGUGCUAUAUUCGCGUAGCUGAGGAUGAGAAUGAGGAGCCGAUGGAAAUCCCGUCGGAGGAGGACGGAACCGUGCUGCUCUCCACCGUAGCAGCGCAGUUCCCCGGCGCCUGCGGCCUACGCUACCGGAGCCCCGUCUCCCAGUGCAUGCGGGGGGUGCGCCUGGUGGAAGGCGUGCUGCACGCCCCGGACGCAGACUGGGGCAACCUGGUGUACGUGGUGAAUUAUCCUAAAGAUAAUAAAAGAAAGAUGGAUGAGAUGGAUGCUGCUUCUGCUGUGAAGAUUAAGAGAGGCAUUCAGAAAACCUCAGAUUUGAUUGUUCUUGGUUUACCGUGGAAAACAUCUGAACAGGACCUGAAAGAUUAUUUCAGCACUUUUGGAGAGGUCAUAAUGGUACAGGUUAAAAGAGAUGUGAAAACUGGAAAUUCCAAAGGAUUUGGCUUUGUGAGAUUUACAGAUUACGAGACACAAAUUAAAGUCAUGUCUCAGCGGCAUAUGAUUGAUGGAAGGUGGUGUGACUGUAAGCUCCCUAACUCAAAGUAUUUCCUGGAACAGGCUGGGCCGGAUGAGCCUAUGCGGAGUAGGAAAGUGUUUGUGGGUCGUUGUACUGAGGACAUGACUGCUGAUGACCUCAGGCAAUUCUUUAUGCAGUAUGGCGAAGUCACAGACGUCUUCAUUCCUAAGCCUUUCCGGGCAUUUGCUUUUGUCACUUUUGCUGAUGACCAGGUUGCCCAAUCCCUGUGUGGUGAGGACCUGAUCAUAAAGGGCACCAGCGUGCACAUCUCCAACGCAGAGCCUAAGCAUAAUAAUAGUAGGCAAAUGAUGGAUCGUGGUCGUUUUGGGGGGUUUGGGCAGGGCUUUGGUAGUAGUCGCAGUCCCAACAGCAGUGUGAAUUUUGGGGCUCUUAGUCUCAACCCAGCCAUGAUGGCAGCUGCACAGGCAGCCCUCCAGAGUAGUUGGGGUAUGAUGGGCAUGCUGGCCAGUCAGCAGGGUCAGACUGCUGCCUCUGGCACCACUGCUGCUGGCCAGACAAGUGGCAGUAGAGAUCAGAACCAGAGCUAUAGCACGAGUGGUAGCUAUAACACCACCAGCUCUGCCAGUCUCGGUUGGGGUGCGGGCACUAAUUCGGCCUCUAGCAGUGGGUUCAACUCGGGCUUUGGGUCCAGUAUGGAGACCAAGUCUAGUUGGGGAAUGUAGAGUUUCAUUUGAAGUGUCCUAAUUUCUAGAUUAAAGGGUAAGUAUUUUGAGAAGAAAGUUUGUAGCCAGAUAUUAAGUCCUUGUAUUUAGAAGAUAUUUGAGUUUUCUUUUUGUUUAAAAAAAUAAACAAACAAAAAAAAAGGACAAAAAAGAGAGAACGUAAGUGAUACUAAUUCUCUAUAAACAUGAGUGGUUGAAAUUGAAAGAGUGGUAUAAACACUAAGUAGAAAAUUUGAUUUUUGUUUUCAUUGAUAACUUAUUUUGAAUAUACUUGAUCUCUGUGGUAUGAGUAUUGAGAUCUGAAAUGUGGAUGAGCAUCAUUAGUGUAUCUGUGCCCUCUCAGUCUUAUUUAGAGAUGCUGUUUUUUAAAGCCUGAUUUUGAAUUGUGUAGAGUUGUUUGCAUUUUUUGUUUAAAGUUUAUGGUCAAGCCUUCAUAAAUCUCUUCUACAGUUCACCACCUCUUUUCCAAUUUCCCGGGAAGAAGCGCCUCGUUGGCUGCAAUGUUCGAGCGAUCACAGUAUCAGUACCCUUCUUCCCAUGUGUAAAUGCUAUGCCAUCAAAGAACACAGCUUCACUCUGCAUUUACUGUGUUAGACGGUGGGUGUUGUCUUUUUCUCCCCUUUUUCAUGGAUAAAUCUGACCAAUAUGUAACGCUUUGAGAACGAGUGAGGUGGUGAUGGAUUGUGGGCCAAGAGAGUGAGAGACUGAAUGAGCGAACGGACUGAGAGAGAACAUGAACGCAAGUGUGAAAAGAGCUGUUUGUGCGAUGCAAAAAACAAGAUGACUGCACGAUGUGAGAAGAACCUGUGUGAGCGAGUGUGAGCGACAGCAGCGUGUGUUUUCUGUAGCACCAUCAGAUGGACAUUCGUUGCUUCCUUUUCCCCUCCUCUUUGAUCUAUCCCCUUUCUUCCCUUUUCUCAUAUAAUCAAGCUGAUAUAGUUAAAAUAUAUAUGUAGUGGAAUGUCUAGAAAUCUAAGUAUUUGUAUUCUUGCUAUAUAAUCUGUUGUGAAUGCUCGUGUAUGGUGUGUGUGUUCUAUCUUCUCCCUGUUACUGACCUCCAAGUGUGAACAUGUGAAGUGGUGUUGUCUGUGAGAAGGUACUGGGGUGUGUGGCGGUGAGCGUGUGCUCUGAGUGUCUAAAGAGGGGUGAUGUGGCGGUGAAAGUUGAAGAAUCCCUAUAGAAAGGUUGCAUUUGUUAAGUGUUUGAAUGCAUUUUAUGUUUUGUGACUCAAAGGGAACUCUCAAAUAAAACUAAUUUGACUAGGUAUUUGACAGUGGCUUAUUUUUGAUUGCUACAAAAAAAAUUAUUGAAUUGCAAAAACUUAUUUAAUUCGCAUGUGUAGGGACCUUGGACUCCGCUGGCCCAGGUUUACAUCAGAACCCAGAAUGAAGUCAGUUUUGGGGAAGCUGAAGACUGGAGUUGUAGUGUUGGCGGCCCCAACACAGUCCAACUGUGGAGAUGCUGCCGAAUGCCUUAUACCUGAAAAGGGACUUCUUCACUUCACUGUAACAGGAUCCCUGGAAUCCCUAUUGAAAUUUAAAUGGACAAUUCCGAAUUGGCUGGAGCACAUGCCCAAAGAAACCUAAUCCAAAAUGAAGGGCAAAAAUAGCUUUUUACGGAGACAUGCCUGAACCCCUCAGUCCCAUUUUCCAAUGAUGAUCUUGUUGAUGAUGCUCAUGCUUUUUUUGUUUUGUUACUGACUCAUUGUUUGAUGGUAGACUAAAUUAUUCAUCUGGCUGUUAAGUUUCUGUUUUUGAUUUGUUUCUUUACAGUUGUCAAAUGACUGGUUUAGCAAUUGUAAUUUUAAUUGGUCAGACUUUACUCACAGCUCAAAAGGCCUUUUUUGUUGUUGUUUUCUGAACAGUAGCUUGUUUGUUUCUGCCAUGAGUGAAAUUUGUAGACUGACUGGACUUUGUGAAAUGUGUGGGCUGUAAUGGGGGUUUGGCAGUGAAUGAUUUGAAUCUCUGGUAAUUCCCAAUAAAAGGCCCAUAGGAAUUGCAUCUCUGUAUUUUUUAAUUUCAUUCACAAGUCUCAUUUUAGUCGUUUAAAGUGUAAAAUAAACAUCUAAUUUUCCAAUCAAA